GACAACAACGACAACAACAACAACAACAACAACAACAACAACAACAACAACAACAACAACAACAACGACAACAACGACAACAACGACAACAACGACAACAACGACAACAACGAAAACAACGACAACAACAACAACAACAACAACAACGACAACAACAACAACAACGACAACAACAACAACAACAACAACGACAACAACGACAACAACAACAACAACGACAACAAUGACAACAACGACAACAACAACAACAACGACAACAAUGACAACAACGACAACAACAACAACAACGACAACAAUGACAACAACGACAACAACAACAACAACGACAACAAUGACAACAACGACAACAACAACAACAACGACAACAAUGACAACAACGACAACAACAACAACAACGACAACAAUGACAACAACGACAACAACAACAACAACGACAACAAUGACAACAACGACAACAACAACAACAACGACAACAAUGACAACAACGACAACAACAACAACAACGACAACAAUGACAACAACGACAACAACAACAACAACGACAACAAUGACAACAACGACAACAACAACAACAACGACAACAAUGACAACAACGACAACAACAACAACAACGACAACAAUGACAACAACGACAACAACAACAACAACGACAACAAUGACAACAACGACAACAACAACAACAACGACAACAAUGACAACAACGACAACAACAACAACAACGACAACAAUGACAACAACGACAACAACAACAACAACGACAACAAUGACAACAACGACAACAACAACAACAACGACAACAAUGACAACAACGACAACAACAACAACAACGACAACAAUGACAACAACGACAACAACAACAACAACGACAACAAUGACAACAACGACAACAACAACAACAACGACAACAAUGACAACAACGACAACAACAACAACAACGACAACAAUGACAACAACGACAACAACAACAACAACGACAACAAUGACAACAACGACAACAACAACAACAACGACAACAAUGACAACAACGACAACAACAACAACAACGACAACAAUGACAACAACGACAACAACAACAACAACGACAACAAUGACAACAACGACAACAACAACAACAACGACAACAAUGACAACAACGACAACAACAACAACAACGACAACAAUGACAACAACGACAACAACAACAACAACGACAACAAUGACAACAACGACAACAACAACAACAACGACAACAAUGACAACAACGACAACAACAACAACAACGACAACAAUGACAACAACGACAACAACAACAACAACGACAACAAUGACAACAACGACAACAACAACAACAACGACAACAAUGACAACAACGACAACAACAACAACAACGACAACAAUGACAACAACGACAACAACAACAACAACGACAACAAUGACAACAACGACAACAACAACAACAACGACAACAAUGACAACAACGACAACAACAACAACAACGACAACAAUGACAACAACGACAACAACAACAACAACGACAACAAUGACAACAACGACAACAACAACAACAACGACAACAAUGACAACAACGACAACAACAACAACAACGACAACAAUGAC